AUGGCUGAGAUUGAGAAAUCUGCCAGAUGGCAGUGGAAGGGGACAGAAACACAAGAGAAGAACCCACUCUCCACAAAAGAAACCACUAGACAGGAGAAGUGA